AUGGCUUAUGUUGCUAUUACUUGUCUUAUGAACACCAUACAACAAUCAAUUCAACUUACUGGAUGCAAUUUGCAAUCAUCCUAUAAAACGCUUCAAUCUUUGAGAGCUAUCGUGGAGUUCCCUUGCAGUUCAGUAAUAUUAGGCGAUAUUGAGGCAUUAACAAGGUUGGAGGCACAAAUUACAAGGUUAACAUACACAACAGAAGAUAAGGUUGACUUGGAAUCAAGAAAUGUUUUCUUAGCAAAAAACCAAAUUUCACGAAGAAUAGCUAUUUGGAAACUUCGUUUCCUCUUGAAACAAGAAGUACACCGCGUUGAUUCUUCCAUGAAGCAGUGGAUAGGAAUGAUAAUCAGGUACACCAACAGCAAAGAUCUGACAGCACGAAAUUUGACUCUCGUGGGUACCUCUCAACAUGCCUUGGAGACUGAGAAUAUGAUGGUUGGCCAUGAAAACGAAUUCGAGAUGAUACAGGAUCAACUUACCAGAGGAGAGAGUGAAGUAGAAGUUGUCUCAAUUGUAGAUGGGGGCAUUGGUAAGACAACUUUGGCUACCAAAUUUUACAGUGACUCACUCAUUAUGUCUCGCUUUGACAUUCGUGCAAAAGCUACUGUAUCACAAGAGUAUCGUGCCAAUAAUGUACUACUAGGCAUUCUUUCUUCUAUAAGUGGAAAGACUGAUGAAUUUCAUGAGCAGCAAGAUGAUGGGCAACUAGCAGACAAACUGCAGAAGCUUCUAAAAGGUAAGAGGUACUUGGUAGUCAUUGUUAUCAUUGAUGACAUAUGGACAACCGGAGCUUGGGAAGAUAUAAAAUCAUGUUUCCCAGACUGUAACUGUGGAAGUCGAAUACUCCUGACUAUUCGGAAUGUGGAAGUGGCUGGAUAUGCUAGCUCAGGUAAGCCUCCUUAUCACAUGUGCCUCAUGAAUUUUGACGAAAGUUGGAAUUUACUUCACAGAAAGGUCUUUGAGAAAGAAUGUUCUUCUCCUGAAUUUGAAAAAUUUGGGAAACAAAUUGCAUUUAAAUGCGGAGGAUUACCUCUAGCAAUUACUGUGAUUGCUGGACUUCUCUCCAAAAUCGGUAAAACAUUGGAUGAGUGGCAAAGUGUUUCGGAGAAUGUAAGUUCAGUGGUAAGCACAGAUCUUGAAUCCCAAUGCAUGAGAGUGUUGGCUUUGAGUUACCAUCACUUGCCUUCUCACCUAAAACCGUGCUUUCUAUAUUUUGCAAUUUUCCCGAAGGAUGAACUGAUUUUUGUAGAUAAGAUUGUGGAGUUAUGGGCUGUAGAGGGAUUUUUGAAGGUAGAAGAAAUGAAAACCGUAAAAGAGGUGGCAGAAACAUGUCUACACGAACUUAUAGAUAGAAAUUUAAUUUCCAUCAACAAUUAUAGUUUUGAUGGAAAAAUCGAGAGUUGUGGAAUGCAUGAUGUGACCUGUGAGCUUUGCUUGAGGGAAGCUCGUAACAUAAAAUUUGUGAAUAUUCUCAGGGAAAAGAAUGAUCAAAUUCCAAAUAUGGAAUCCAUGCAUUUUUCCUCUAUGAGUCGAGUUCGGAUCAAUAUCCAAUAUGUCAUGUUCAAGCAUACUAUUGAGAAAAUAUUGGAUACGUAUCCUAUUAAUGAGUUCCGAUAUUACUCCCCAAAAUUUCCUUUCAAGCUAGUAAGAGUACUAGAUCUUACUUUAGUAAGAUGUAAUACUUUCUCCUGUUUGAUACUCAAUUUAAUUCACUUGAGGUACCUAGCUUUGACUCUUUUUCCUAGCUUAGAGAUUCGUCAAGAAGAAGAGGUCUUCUCAUCAAUAGACAUUCCUCCAUCAAUAUCUAACCUAUGUUAUUUGCAAACUUUUAUAAUUUCACAUGACCGGGCCAUGGAAUGUCCUUUUAUAUUACCAUCAGAAAUGUUGAUAAUGUCGCAAUUGAGGCAACUACGUUUGGACUGGAAUUACUUGCAGAAUCAUGAGCCUACAGAGAAAAGUACUUUGGUUUUGAAAAAUUUGGAAUGUCUGUCUGGUUGGAAUCCUUGGUAUUGUACUAGUUCUGACUUAAGACUAUUUCCUAAGUUAAAGAAGUUGCAAAUAUGUGGUGUCCAAGAAGACUUUUGUAGUCGCAAGGACCUGUAUGAUUUUCGAUACUUAGAUCAGCUCGAGGAACUGGAAUUUCGUCUUAGUUAUACACUUGCUUCUUGCUUUCUAGAAAGCAUAACACCUUCAGGUCCUCUGAGGUUUCAGAGAGAAGCGCGACAUUGUGGAGAUCCUGUUCCACCUUUGCUCCUAUCUCCUCUGGAUGCUUUUCCACAAAACCUUAAGAAAUUAAUUUUUAGUGGACAUUUCUUCAUGCCAUGGAAGGAUUUCAGCAUUGUUGGUAAAUUACCCAAACUCGAGUCCCUUAAACUAUCAUAUACUUUCUUCAUAGACGGGGAGUGGGAAGUAUCUGGGGAAGGAUUUCCUUACUUGAAGUUUGUGCCACUCGAAUAUUUAAACAUUAGGUACUGGAAAGCCAGUAGUGAUCACUUUCCGUGCCUUGAACGACUAUUUCUUGAAGGUUGCUUGUGUUUGGAUUCCAUCCCUCAAAAUUUUGCAGAUAUAACCACAUUUGCACUAAUUGAUAUAUGUCGUUGUGCACAAUCUGUUGGGAAUUCCGCCAAGCAGAUUCAAUAGGACAUGGAAGACAACUAUGCAAGUUCUAUUGAGGACAAAACAUAUCAAAACAGAUCAUCUAGUUCUUUGAAAGAAACACUGAUUCAGAGUUCACCUGUUCGAGAGGCCAUCUUGUUCCUUCUUGUUUUCAUUCUAGUUUUUUUGGAAUAG